AUGGGAUAUCAUGAGCUUCUAGAUCGUCUAGAGUCUAGACAAGUGGUGGGCAACUUUGAUGAUGGAGAGGGCCACUAUAUUUCCACACUCAUUCCAGGGGGCCACAUUACAUAUACUGUCGGUCCAUUCGAUGUCACACAAAAGUUGCAAAAAUAGCCGAUCUACAAGCUCCCUGGGCUGCCAAAUGCCAAACCGCUUUUAUUGCUUAUAGCAUGGGCCGGCCCUGAUGUCAUGGAAUGUUAAUCAAAGAGAUAUGUGAAGGUGUGUGAAUGAUCAACAGUCAAUGUUAUUGGCAGAAAUAGAGGGCCCCAAAAUCAAAUUUUGCUUAGGGCCCCAUUGAGGCUUGGACCAAGCAACAGGGGGAUGCUCAACUUACCCCACUUUCCCCUCUCAAUGCUGCCACUUGUAAGUAAAAAACCAUCCUUGCAUGACUCACUCCAUUCAUAAAAAGAAGUCUGGAUCCACCCUUUACCCUACAGGGAUGGAAAUCUGUAUUGUUUGCAGAUGGCUUGAAUCUGUUUGUCUGUAAUUUUGUUUCAAUGAUAUUCACCCCCCAAAAAAUCCCCCUCUCUAUUCAAGAACUUCACCUAAAUAACAGUGUUUUAUUCAGUCCAAUAAAGUGGCUCAUAUUGCAUUGGUGUCUCAUAUUGCAUUGGUGGUGGUGGGUGUUCUCCGGUGUAAAGCCCACCCCGCUCCCCGGCAGGCCGCCCCUGCCUCCUCCAGCUUCCGCUCGCAUUGUCGGGUGGUUAAGAGGACGGAUACCGAGGAGCGAAAACAUGGGAGUAGAAAUUGAAACCAUAACUCCAGGCGAUGGUAGGAGUGAACUACUUUUAUUCACAAUUAAUCACAAUCAAGUAAUCCCAACUUUUGAGUUCAAUUAAUGAACAAGCUUCCCUGUGUUUUGCUCCUUUUUCCAGGACGGACAUUCCCAAAGAAGGGCCAGUGUGUCGUGGUUCACUAUGUCGGUGAGUGUCGGUGAAUGCUGAGCCCUUUACUGCAUGGAGCUUUGAAGAUUAUUUUAGUCCAUUUAUAAACUAACUUAUCGAUAAGUAGGUGUAUAUUUGGCAUAUACUUGCUUUAAGUGGUCUUACAGGCUGAAACUGGUGGAAAAUUGUCUCAACGGCUGUUUGUUAUAAUUGCUUCUUCUGCUAGCUAGCGUAGCAGUUAGCCGCGUCCCUGUUUGAUUGAUGACUUGUUGUGACUGCUAAACUGACGGAUGCUACUCUGGUGGGAAUUUUAAAGCAAUAACUUUGAACAGUUUUAGUGAUUUAGAAAGACUUAUUUAUUUGUAUGUAAUGUAUUUAGAGGACGGGGCUGUCUGUCCCCACCUACCGUUAGCUAACCGGCCCCAUGAUGCUAACAUUAGCCCCUCACUGUCAGGAGGUUUCUUAAAGCAGAACUUGGACUGAUCCUUUACUUCAGCGUGUUGAUCCCUUAUUUGUCCUGUUCCUUUUCUAAAUCAGGAACACUGGCAGAUGGGAAAGUUUUCGACUCCUCGAGGUCCCGAGGGAAGCCCUUCAAAUUCAAGAUUGGUAAACAGGAGGUCAUCCGUGGGUGGGAGGAAGGAAUAGCUCAGGUGAGGAGUUUGUUUAUAUCUCUAAAUAUGAUGAAUCUUGACUUUAUACACUCUACACUACAAUCAAGAUCACUCAGGUCCAUGCUGAGGUUCUGCUCACCUUGUUUAGAAUCUAAUUUGCACAACUACCUGUUCAUCAGAUACCCCACCAUGCUUUGCCUAUCACAGGGCCAAGCUUAUACUUCUGAUUGGUCAUUACUCUUACUGCUCACUAUGCGCAGAACACACACCGUAACACUGAGUUGGACACCCCCUUGAGAGAUGAAUGUUGCCGACCUCUUGCUUCUCUAGUUAUACCAACUUUAGCAACGAUGGCAGGAUAGCAUAACACAGCGGUCUGAGGAGCCAUAAACAAACCUCAACCACAAAUAAUGCUCAGAACAGCACCUAACUUCAUCAACAGUACAUAUAGGGUCCUAGCCAUAGUACUAGCCACCAAACAUCUGUUUAACUUUGCCUAAUUUCUUUUCAAAGAGACUAAACACAACUCACCUACACUCUUCCAGCAGCCGCUUGUUUGUAGCGAGACCUCGGGCCAGUCCAUUACGGACGGGGUGAUGCAGCUCAAGGAAGAACAUUUAUGAUAAUUUCUUCAUUGAAAUGCAAUCAUACUGAGAUGCUAAGGCAGAAGAACUACUGCGUCUGUAGUGCAAAAUGAUUAAUGUGAUGAUUAUUACUUCAAGGAAAUGAUAUAACUGUUCUUCCUUGAGCUGCGUCAUCCCACUGUAGUCUGUAAUGGACUGACCCGAGGUUAGUAAAACUAAAGUUAGUAAAACUAGAGAAACAAGUGAUCUUGAGUGUAUUCUCCAUACUUUUCAUUUGUGCUAUAAAGCGAGAUCACUCAGACUAUCACUAUUUUGUAAUGAUGUUGUGAGAGUCUUUAAGAAGGGACUCAGAUGUUGCACUUCAGGUGAAACAUUUGGGACCUGUCAAGUAAAUAUGCUCUGAGUUCCAUUGAGAAAUCUUAGGUGUUACUUUAUUUGCUUCUGUUAUUGAGUUUGUCUUGUGUACAUCCAGUAUUUUCUUAUUGUUUCUCUUUUAUUGUAUGCCUUGUCUUUUUAAUAAAUGGACUCUGAAUCUGUCAUUAGAUUUUAAUUGAAUAUCACAGGAGCUGGUAUCCAUGCACUACAAUACUUCUACUGUAGUUUUUGAUGUAAAUCCUUGACUAAUGUAGGAUUGUAGUUAUCCUGUGAGCAAGGAAGUAUUUCAAUCUGGAAUCUGACCGCUAGAUAUCAUGAAACAUUCCCCACUGUACCUUUAAAUUGAACAUUUCCACAAAUGAUGAAGUGAAACAAGGUGAACAGGGCCGGAGGAAUCAGCACAAACCUGUUUGAGUUUUUCUGCCUUAUCACUGUCAGAGCUGCUGCAUAUUUCGUUUGUUUUGAUCGGACCUUCAUCUCAAUAUCCCAUACUAUGUUCUGUCUAUUGUUUACUUCCUGCACCAUCUUUAAACCUGUAGAUUUUUCUUUUACAACCUCACUGUGUGUGUCUUUAACCUCUCUUGCCAUCUUCUCUGCACCGUUUAAAAGAAUCAGAUUUCAUUCAGUGGAUUGAUUUGAUAACAGUCUCUGAAUCGAGCGGCAGUGAUGGAGUAUUGACCAAUCAAUCAAAAUAUAACACUGUGGAUUAGUAAAACUAUCCACUCACUUGUCUUAUAUAACACAGAUAUUCACUGAAUGUUAAAGGUUGUGUGAUCUCCUAAACACCACUCAUUGAAGUAUCUUUUCAUCUCCUCUACAGAUGAGUGUAGGUCAGCGAGCGAAGCUGGUUUGCUCUCCAGACUUCGCCUAUGGAAACAAAGGGCACCCGGGGAUCAUCCCACCUAACGCUACUCUCAUCUUCGAUGUGGAGCUGCUAAGCCUGGAAGUCUGAAACUCGUGCACUCGGCUUUGUUUAAAUUCCACUCAGAUUUCAGGGUGAGAAGUCCUGAGAACUCAUCAGCGCCAUCACCGUGAUUAUAUUAAACACGCACAGUUCAAGUGAUGGUAUUCCCCCUCAUGUUAAAGCUAGUAGAUACUCUCUCAGACAUUGUAAUUUACCCAGUGGUGUUAAGAGAUUAAGUAGUAUGUGCAUAACAAGCUUGGGUGUCUAGAUCCUGUAAUCCCCUCUUGCGUCUCCUCCUUAAUCACCUCUCUCUCGUCCCCGCAGGUUGAUUCCUAUCUCGGGAACAUGGAGGAAAAUGUUAACAGAAGAUUCCUGCUCUUGAUCCCCUCAUAGGACCUAUGUCUAUAGCUUCACUAGUUCACUCUCCUUUCCAUUUAGAUACAAAUUGUGUUAUGUCACUUGCUUUCAAACUUUAUGCUACACUUUAGAUACCAUACUGUAAGAAGUCAUAGGCCAUCCCAUGUAUUUUGUCAUACUCUGCUUUGUAUUUUUUAUGGUAAUGUUUUGUUUUUUGUUUUAUUUGACUUAAAAUUGACAAAACGUGUCAGCCAUCAGGACCAGGUUUUAAAUAAGUGUCAUGAAUAUUUAAUCAAACUCAUUCCUGUGGCUUUGUGGCCUUUACAACAAAUUGUAUUGAUUUGCGGGUAAUGAAACGUCUUGAAUAAAAGUAAGAACAAAUUGUUGUCGGACACAAUGGUAUUUCUAUGAAUCGGUCGCCUUUGUGAUACUUAUUAUUGGGCUGAAUCAAAAGUACGGAGCGGUUUGUAAGCAGGGACUCAUGAAUCAAGCACAUUAACGCCAUGAAAGGCCUACAGAUCUCUGCAGAUUUAGGAUUCUCUUUGUUUUUACUGCAGCGUUGAUUCUUGUUCAGCUGUUACUGAAGUGUUCACAACUUGACAAUGUACCUGAUAGCUUUAAGACAUCUAAGGGUGUUUUUUUGUUUGUUUUUUUGUUUUGCUGAAAAAGAUCUUUUGGGGACAGUAUUUGAUGUUUUGUAAAAGCUUUCUAAACGCUCAUGACAAGCUCCCUUAAAAAGAUUUGUAGGCACAUCAUGGGCUUUGUGGUUAUCUUAAUUUGAAGGAGUUGUGUUGAACAAGCUGUGGAUGUUGUAAAAGGUCUGUUCCUACUCUAAACACAUUAAAAAGAGUAAUUUUAACACUAACUUCUACUUCUCUUCCUUUGGAGAGCGGCCUCGCUGGUAUAUGAAAUAAUGUGUCUGUUAUAGCACUGAUAGGUGUGUUUUAUUGUCUAAUAUUAGUUGAAACAGCCUCAAUUUUUGUGUUGCUAUAAAACAGUUUCUUUUCAUUUCAGAGGGCAGACAUGAAGAAAUCUCAAGGGUCAAGCAUAAGUAGUUUAGUCGACAAAACUACUCAAAUGCGGCAUGUUUAAAAAGAAGGUAAUGUAGACUCUCAGACUGCAGAAUAAGAACCAGAUUUUUUUUUAAAUGUCAAAUUUUGUACCAACCACACAAAAGUCACUAUUGUUUUCAUGUACGAUCAAAUGAUCUCUCAUGGCUGUUUCUUUGCCUGGAGCCAAACCUCCAGUCUGACAAACUCCAUAAAACCUUAAAAAAGUGAAAUCUUAGAGCUUUUGAUUUAUGAUCAAGAGGUUUUUUAAUUUAUUUUACAUAAUGUAGCUGAUCUAUGUAACCUGUACAUUAUUCAAUACUAAAUUAUACCUUUUUAUACAAUUCAGUUCUGUACUAUACCAAACUGUAACAUAUUAUAUGGGUCUACUGUACAAACUUUAAUAUUUUACACUAUGCUAGUUUACUCUGUAGUACACAAUUCUAUACUUAAAUAUUCCUACCUGACCAUACUUCAAUAAACUAUGCUAUACUUAAUUAUAUUAAACUUCACUAUACUACA